AUGUUCCUUCCCCGGCUAGGCGCGGCCGGGCUCUCAAGGAGGCUACUUUUCUCCCCAUCCUCGGUCUCGUCGGGCUUGUCAUGCACACGACUCGCGCCCACACCGGCCCUUCGCACUCUCUCCACCUUGGCCGCCGUGUCCCGGCCAACAGUUGCGCGCCUGGGCAUCGCACCAGGCCUGCGCUCUUACGCCACUCCUCGCGCUGCUCGCCGUGCACUCAAGGGUCAGUUGACUGGAGAGCAGUGGCCAUGGCAUGUCGUCGCCAACCCGACUGCGGGGAUAGAGGAGAUUGAGCGCGUCAUCUUUGCGCGUGGCAACAAGACGCUCGGCAAGACGUUCUGGGCAAUGGCGAUCAUCUUCACUUUCGGUAUCGUGAACUGGGUGCUUUUGCCAUCGCCAAACGAGGCGAUCGAGAAGGGUAUCAAGCCUGAGAAGGAGCGCGAGGUCAUGGGUAUGCCUCUCGAGACGUUCUUCACUUGGGCGACGGGCGGUUGGGUGGCUGUGUGCGGUGCGAUCGCGGUCGGCGGUCUCUUCAUGAUGUCGCGCUUCGUGUCCCGCCUCUCCCUCGUACAGCAGAAGGCCGCUGGUGCGCCGCCUGCCAGCGCCCGCAAGUUCCUGCGCAUGAGAACCGCCGUGCAGGGUGUGCUGCCCUUCUUCCGCGCGCCUCGCGAAAUUCCCAUCGCAGCUGCGCAUGUCGAACUUCUCCGUGGCCGCAAGACGAGGAGCGGCGAGCGGGAAGUCAACCCGUACCUCAAGCUGUCUAUCAACGACCCGGACGCAAGUCCUGUCCUGCGACAGCUCGAUCGGUUCGCGUCGUACCGCCUCGACUUCUCUGAGAAUGACCUCUCCAAGGACGGGGAGAUGGUGCUGUCCAUGCAGCGGCUAGAGGACGUGUUUGGCGGACUUGACUACAGUCAGGGCCGAUGA